AUGACUUCGAGAUCAUCCAAAGGUCCAAGAACUCUUUACGACAAGGUCUUUGAAGACCAUAUUGUUCAUCAAGAAGAAGGCGGUUCUACUUUGAUUUAUAUCGACAGACAUUUGGUUCAUGAAGUUACUUCUCCUCAGGCUUUUGAAGGUCUAAAGAACGCCGGUAGGAAAGUGAGAAGAACUGACUGUACUUUGGCCACAGUAGACCAUAACAUUCCAACCAUUUCAAGAAAGAACUUCAAAUCUACUGCCACUUUCAUCAAAGAGGCUGAUUCUCGUCUUCAAGUUCAAACCCUUGAGCAAAAUGUCAAGGAUUUCGACGUUACUUUCUUUGGUAUGACCGAAUCGAGACAAGGUAUUGUUCACGUUAUUGGUCCCGAGCAGGGAUUCACCCUGCCAGGUACAACGGUUGUUUGUGGUGAUUCUCAUACAUCCACUCAUGGAGCCUUCGGUGCUUUGGCUUUUGGUAUCGGUACAUCCGAAGUUGAACACGUCUUAGCUACCCAGACUAUCAUCCAGAACAAGUCAAAGAAUAUGAGAGUGUUAGUGGAGGGUGAUUUGAGCCCUGGCAUCACUUCCAAAGACUUGGUGUUGCACAUCAUUGGUGUCAUUGGUACCGCUGGUGGUACUGGUCACGUCAUUGAGUUUGCUGGUAAGGCAAUCGAGCAAUUGAGUAUGGAGGCUCGUAUGUCCAUGUGUAACAUGUCUAUCGAAGCCGGUGCUAGAGCUGGCAUGAUUAAGCCAGAUCAGAUAACUUACGACUACUUGAAGGGUAAACCACUUGCUCCAAAAGGCGCUGAGUGGGAUAAAGCUGUGGCCUACUGGAACACUUUACAUACUGACGAAGGUGCUAAGUUCGACCAUGAAGUGAUUAUUAAUGCUUCUGACAUUAUCCCAACAAUUACAUGGGGUACUUCUCCUCAAGAUGCCUUACCUAUCACAGCUUCUGUGCCAGACCCUGCUCGAGUUUCUGAUCCAAUCAAGAAGUCCGGUAUGGAAAGAGCUUUGAAAUACAUGGGACUCACUCCAGGCACGGCAUUGAAGGAUAUCAGCAUUGAUAAGGUCUUCAUUGGUUCCUGUACUAACUCUCGUAUUGAAGACUUGAGAAAUGCCGCUGCUGUGGUUAAAGGUUACAAGUUGGCCGACAAUGUUAAAUUAGGUAUGGUCGUUCCUGGUUCAGGCUUGGUCAAAGCACAGGUCGAGAAAGAAGGUCUGGACAAGAUUUUCGAAGCAGCGGGAUUUGAAUGGAGAGAAGCGGGUUGUUCUAUGUGCUUAGGUAUGAAUCCGGAUAUUUUAGACCCUGAGGAACGUUGUGCUUCUACUUCUAACAGAAACUUCGAGGGCCGUCAAGGUGCUAAAUCCCGUACUCACUUGAUGUCGCCAGCCAUGGCCGCAGCUGCCGGUAUCGCCGGUCACUUUGUUGAUAUCAGAGAGCAUGUCUACAAAAACAAUGACUCUGCCAAGCUCUCAAUUUCUCAAGAAGACGACAAGGCAUUACAGGAUGCAGUGUAUGAGCACGAAAAAGAGCCCCUGCAACCUAAUGAGGUCAGCGAGGAUCUUGCGGAGGAACAAAUCAAUGAUAUUCCAGUUUCCCAGGAGACUAAGAUUGAGUCUGCCCCAGCAGGUAUGAAGCCGUUCCUAACAUUAGAAGGUAUUGCUGCUCCGUUAGAUAAAGCCAAUGUCGAUACUGACGCCAUUAUUCCAAAACAAUUUUUGAAAACCAUUAAAAGAACAGGCUUGAAGGCUGGUUUGUUUUUCGAAUGGCGUUUCAACAAAGAUCAAGAGGGCAAUCUGAAACCAACCGACUUUGUGUUGAAUGUUGAACCAUAUACGAACGCUGAGAUUCUUGUUGUUACUGGUGACAAUUUUGGUUGUGGUUCCUCGAGAGAGCACGCACCAUGGGCUCUGAAGGACUUCGGUAUCAAGUGCAUAAUAGCUCCAUCUUUCGGUGAUAUCUUUUACAACAAUUCAUUCAAGAAUGGAUUAUUACCCAUCAGACUUGACCAAAGUGUUAUUCUUAAUAAAUUGGUACCACUAGCAAAUGCAGGUGAACGUAUCAUUGUUGACUUGCCUAACCAGAAGAUUGUCGAUACUAGGGGUAAUGAGCUAGUCGGCCACUUCGACGUCGAGAGCUUCAGAAAGCACUGUCUAGUAAAUGGUCUUGAUGACAUUGGCUUGACAUUACAGAAAGAGGAAUUCAUUUCCAAGUACGAGGAUAUAAGAAGGGAGAAAUUUUCUUUCUUGGAGGGUGGUUCCAAGUUGAUUAGCCCUGUAAGAGGUGCUAAAAAGAGUCCAUUUGGGGUUACUGCUCAAGAGUGGUGA